UUCCGCUCGGUUCUGUUUUGGUUCUGUGGUGAAGCUCUAACUUAAUGCUGUGGCAGCGAAGGUCUCUCCAAACUCUGAAAUGUGACUAACCUUGACGGGUUGUUGUUGCGAACAGACAGGCUGGACGUAUUUUCUCAUACUCAGGGCGGACUGCCAGGUGCAGAACACUGACUUAUCGGCUUAAAACUGAAAAUAUGAAAACCAAGCGGGACGACAUCAUUUUUCAGACUCUCCUCUUGAUCCACAUCCCUGUGGCCUGCUUCUUCACUGCAGUGUCAUGUCAGGCUGAGAGCAGCAGCGUGGUUGUGGCAGGUUAUAAUGUGAGCUCCCGUGCUGGUUCGAAGCUGGUGCUGCAGUGUGUGAGCAGCCGGAUGGUGUGGACCAGGGACAGGGUGAGAGACAGGCAGAGGGUGAUCCACUGGGAUAUGUACCGGGCUUAUCCGGACUACGCCAUGGAAAGGGUGGUGGACAUGUUCUCGGCAGGAGAACAGAGGAUGUACAACUCCUACAAUCUGGGCAGGGUUGGUCUCAACCCGACAGCCUUCAAAGAUGGAAACUUCUCCCUGGUUAUCAAAGAUGUGACGAUGAAUGACCGAGGUCUGUACUCCUGCAACCUCCACCAUCUCUACUGCAACCUCUACGAGACAGUCAGAGUCCAACUCAAUGUCACUAAAUCACGCCGUAAAGAACAGCGAUACUGGGAUGGGCAUAAGGCCGUGUACGUGGUGCUGCUUGGGAGCACUGCGGUGCUGCCGUGCAUCAACCGACGUAGUGUGUGGACAGACUGGAGCGACGAGGAGGAGGAUCAGCAGGUGGUUCACUGGGACCGUCAGGCUCCAGGAAUUUCCCAUGACCGAGCUGACCGGCUUGUGGACCUGUACGCCUCUGGGGAGCAGCGGAGCUAUGGACCUCUGUUCCUUCAGAGGAAGAUGAAUAUCAGCAAUCACGCUUUCUCCGAAGGAGACUUCUCACUCACCAUAUCUGACCUGCAGCCAGCAGACCAGGGGCUGUAUUCCUGCCACCUCCACCAUCAUUACUGCGGUCUCCAUGAGAGAAGAGUAUUUCAGGUCACAGUGGAGCCUUCGCUGGUUAAGCCAACAAUGCCGGCUAAAUCACUGCCCAGCGAAGACAAGGAGACAGCUAAGGCUGAAUCACCGCGAGUCAUCACCGUCAUCCUGCCCGAGCAAAGGCACCACUUUCUCCUGCCUCUGGGCUACGUCCUCACCUCCUUCCUGCUCCUGGCUUUUGUUGUCCUCAUCAUCGUCGUCAUCGUACGACGACGCACGACCAAAGAAAUGUAUCCUCAGUCGUAUAUGGGGUCCAGCAGAAGUCAGAGCUGCUCAGAUGAGUUUGAGAUGGACGUUACUGAGGUAAAUGUGUGCAGCCCGGAGGAAAGAAGAUUCGACUACAAGAACAACCUGCUGAAAGAAAAAGCCCACGUGAAAACUCAGCCAAAAUUCAUUGAUCUCGACAAAGAGAUGCAGAAGUUCUCUAAGUGAAAUAAAAGAAGUGGAACUGGAGUCACUGGCUGGUCCAGAGGCUGCGCUCCAAGCUAAACACCUCCAUACCGUCUUCUGUCCUGUCAGGAGAGAUGCCGCUGAGAGAAACGCAGUGUUGCAAAAAUCUGUGUUGUGACAUUCAGAAAAAGAACACUGAAGUUUUGUGUUGCCAAAUUGUAGAUAUUAGAUACAAACAGGGCUGUGAAAAAGUAUAUGCCCCCUUCCUCAUUUCUUAGUUUGUUUGUGUAUUUGUCACACAUGUUUUAGAUCAUCAAACAAAUUUUACUAUUAGACAAAGAUAAUCAGAGUAAAUACAAAAUCCAGUUUUUACAUGGUGAUUUCAUUUAUUAAUUGGUUUAAAAAAGAAAUAUCCAAAAAUGCUUUGGGAUUCCAGUGAGCCAGAGUGAGAGCCAUUAUCCACAAACUGAGAAAACUUGGACCAGUGCUGAACCUUACUAGGAGUGGCUGGCCCACUAAGAUUCCUCCAAGGGCGCAUCGACAACUCAGGGCAACUCCAGGAGUUCACAAGAGAACCCAGUUCUUAGUUAAGGUCAGAGUUCAUGAUUCGACAAUUGGGAAAAAAAAUAAUAAGACUGAGCAAAAAUGGCAUCCAUGGGAGAGCACCAAGGAGAAAACCACAGCUGACUGAACACAACACAAAGUCUCAUCUCACAUUUGGAAAAUAUUCUGUGGACUAACAUGACAAAGGCUGAACUUUUUGGAAGGUUUCAGUCCCGUUACAUGUUGUGUAAAACUAAAACAGCAUUUCAUAAAGAGAACAUGGUGGUGGCAGUGUUGGAUAAUCGAUGGAACCAUUAAUUCUGCUCUCUACCUAAAAAUCCCGUCUGAUCGUCAGUUCAUGUUUUCGCAACAGGACAAUGGUCCAAAACACACAAGCAAGGCCACCUCUGAAAUAUUUAAAAAAGUGUGGCCUAGUCAAAAUCAGGACUUAAAUCAGAUUGAGAUGCGUGGGCCAAAAUUCCUCCUGUUUGAUGAUCUCAAACGUAUAGCUGUGACAAAUAUGCAAAAAAAACCCUAAGAAAUGAGGAAGAGGGCAAAUUCUUUUUCACUGCACUAAGAUUGACCUGACUGCGAAAGGAAGGAGAAAUGUGUGCACAGAUCGCACAGAUCUGACUCACUUCUGAGUUGGUGAAGAUAAAGUUCCAGCCUGAAUCAUUAUUCCUUUAGUUAGAAAGUUUUUAUGCUGAUUUUGCUCUUUUCUUUUCCUCCCAAAAGCACCACUGAAGUGUUACCAUAACUCUGCACUGCGUCCAGUAGCUGCUGACUAACUGUAUGCUCACUCACCACCAAGCAGAAUAUGUGAAACGUUCUGUUUUGUAUCCACGCUCUGAUGCAGAUAUUUUUCAUUGUAUGAAUGUAGGAGGCAUGUUUCACAGCAGUUUCUCUUACCCUUUGUUGGACUAGUUAAUGAAGAUUUAGUCAUGUUAUAACCAGUAUAGCAACCGUCUCACACAACUUCAAACAACGCAGUUAAAUCAAAAUACAAACCAGCUGGUUAAACAACGCUGUUGUAAAUUCUCUGUCACUGCUGCUCUGUUACUGUGUGAAAUCAAAAUAUUGCAUUCAGCCAAGUGGCUCCUGGUACUUGCAGGGAGGCGUUUUUAUUACAGUUAAAACCACAAAAAAAUCUGGAAGGUGAAAUUUUAUUGUUUCCACGCUGUGUGAGAAUAGAUGUUUACCUUACUUUCUAUUUUUCGGCCCAUUAUGGAAAAGGAAGUUAGAGAGCAGAAGUUCUUAGGCAUUUAAAAACUCCUGGGUUUCUGCUUUCACUCGUCUGAGCAGAUCUUGUACCCCGGUUUUAUUAUUAUUAUUAUUGUAAUAUUCUGAUGUUGCUUGCUGUAUUUGUAUUUGACGGCAUCAACUUGAUUUCUCUCGUGUGUUGUGCGCCCCCUAGCUUAGUCUGCAUUAACUACUACAAAGUAAAAUCCCAGCAUUACAGUGUCUAAGACAUAAAGGAGGACACUAUCUUACUUGCAAUACUGGGUGUGAAUAACACUCCACUCUUAAAGAAAAAUAGAUUGCCGUUACAUCUGCUGUGGCUUUUGCUUUUCUCAGUUACUCAGUUUGCCAUGCUUGAUACUAAUUUAACUACCUAUUGUUGUGUUGUACUGUACUGCUAAUCCAGUAAAAAUGAAAAACAAAAGACA